GUGAGUGCGCCUUGCUGCUCCCGCGGCUGGCGCUCCUAUAGCUACUGCCGACGCCGCCGCCGCACUGGAAACGUCGCCAAAUAAUCACAGUGUGCGUUGGAAAGAGCAGCAGUCGUUAUAGCGAGCCACAACAACGAAAGCAGACAAAUAUGUGAGUUGCUGUGAAUGCAAGCGAGCGCCUAUAGUACAAUUGAUUCGGCUGGUUGUGAUUAGCAGUUCAUACAUGAUAUACCCGCAUAGUCAAAGAAUUGUGCGGUGGCGCUAACAGGCGCACGAUAUCGAUAUUGUGCGCUAAGACCUACUUAUCUACAAAGAGAGAAGCUGAAUUUUGAAGAAGCUGCCCCCUGAUUUACUGUUGGUAUUAGCUGGAAUUCCAGACGAAUCGUGCAGCUGAGUAAGUCGUCCGGGUAUGUAGUGAGCGCACAGUAUUUGGGCCGAGUCAGAACAGUGGCCAUACCAGGCAUGACUAUACCAGAAGGGUUAGAUGAUGGAGUUAGACAGGCCUCAUUUCUCCGCUAGCAGACUGCUUAGGCCGAACUGCUCAAACACAUCGGAGGAGAUCGACAAACAAGUGCAGUUAAAGUAGACACACCCUUCGAAAAUAGGCGAGUGUGUUUAAGUGUUGGUCUAAGUGCUUUUUCGAGCCAUCUGGCCACCCCCGCUUUCUGUGUAUACCAGUCAACAGGCAACCGCCUCAACAACAGUCUACGUGAGCCAGUUUACAACUCAUUCAUCGGCAACUAGUCUAUUGCCUUGUUGAACUUGUUUUCAAAGGCAACGGCCGCAGAUCAGUUGGUUUACCAUCGGUGCCGCCGGCUACCUCAGCUAGGUCCAGCAUCCGGCCUUUGCCGACCUCGACCAUUCUUCGACAAGAUUUCGUACUGUCGCGCAAGAUCAAUCGUGAUGCUGAACGCGCGAGCCUAUUAAUGGUAUACAGUCCUACGAACAUAGCUAGUAGCGACAUAUGUUAAACCAACGGCAACCCCGCCGCUAUAACCAUUCUAAUAAGACAGCGACGGCCGCGUCCGCCGACCAGACCCGACCCGUCCCACCCCAUACGGAUGCUUCUUGCUGUUGGCGUUACUAUUGCUGCUGCACUGGGAGAGCUGCCGACUCGCUCCAAGUCCGUGUGCUGCUGCUACAGUGUGCUAAGCACCGACGCGCCGUCAGCGCGCCACUCUGUUCUGCUAGCACAACCAACGCUGACCCGGGCAGCAAGCAGUCGCCAGAAAGUCAAGCAACAAAUAAGCAAGAGUUAUCCGCUAACGGUGUGGGGCAUCAUCAGCCGGCCAACACCACGCUUCUACUGGGAACAUCAGCGAAAAGCUUAUAGUGGCAAAAUAAUUAUACAAUGAACCAGGCAGGAGUAGAGACCGCUGCAGGCCAACGAUAACGAUUAUAACAGGCACAAGAAAAAACGCAGGCAGUGAACGCAAAAAGAGCUUAGCGACGAGCUACAGUUAAUCAAUAUCAUCAUGGUGAAUAGCGAAUAAGAUCCAAGUAACUGAAGCAAUUAAUGUUUUGCUGAAUAAUUACUGCUAGAAUUCUAAUCAUGGUGAUGCUUUUACGUUGAGAAGUGAUCAUCAUAGCAUCGUUGUGGCGGAUCAAAAAAGUGGCGAGGAGGGAAAAGUUGAGAAGGGGAAACCGAUGACCCAGACCCAGGAUUACCUGCCAGGGCUGUAUCGCCUUUAAAGGUGAUGUUGCUGAUGGUAAAUUGGUUGACCGAAUAAACAAGCAAUCGGCAAAGGCAGCCUGUCGCCAUCUAAACUCUGUAGGGGGCAUUGCGACAACGGGUGUGGGGAACACAGUUCAGAACGUGGCGGUAUCGUUUUACGCGGUGUUCACCGUAAACUGACUAAUCAGACUGACAACAACUGGAAACAAAGCUGUGCUUUUUGACUAUGCGGUCGUGCAACGCCUUUAUCCUAUCGAAGUUGAUGACCGGUAUCAGUCACUCACAAACCUGACAACGGAAUCAGCAUCAGAAUCAACCUCAGAAAUAUACGAAGGUAGCUCAGUCUCUCAAGAACAUAGUAAGUACUCAAGGUAAUUGCGCGGGGAUCCGGUUCCAGGUGGUCGAAGUGACAGUGCUACAUAAAUUUGCGCUUCGCGAAUGUUCCGAUUUGAUUCGGGCAUAAAAACACAACAGCUGGGUGGUGUGAACACAUGGCUGAUCUGGACGGUACUAUGAAAGGUAUCGUAAUCGUAGUUCUGUAACCUCACCUUUUUCCAUGUGCCUGUAUGUACGUAGGAUACUGUAAUAUGAUCAAAUACUUCGUCACAUAAAUUUGAAGUCGAUAGUAGUCAAUGAAAAAAAGAUCAAGUUCUGUUUUGAAGUGGAGAAACUUUUAUGACCAGCAACACAGAUCCGCAACGGUUGAGUGAAUGAAGCACUAAGAAUAACUAUUCUCAACUGAAGACCGAGAAGUAUAAAGUGAAGAAAAUAGACUACUACGUGUACAGCAACCCGUCAACGAACGUUGCUCGGGAAACGCAGUUCAAUUUACUUCUAUUACGAUGGGGGAACCAGACAAACCGUUAACGCGCUUCGACGAAAUCCGAGAAAAUCCUGCAGAGCUCAGUGAAAAAGAAUGGCGAGAUAGGUUGACCCCUGAUCAGUUCUACGUCUGCAGGCAGCGUGGCACCGAACCGGCAUACGUCGGGCGGUAUGUGAAGUUCGAUAAGAAAGGAACUUAUCAUUGCAUGGCUUGUGAUGCUUUUCUGUUCAAAUCCGAGCAUAAGUAUCCAUCGAACUGUGGCUGGCCGUCAUUCUUCGCUGCGCGUCCUGGCGACGUUAAGCAGAGAACCGGCGGUCGAGACGACAACAGUGAAGCAGGACAAGAAACAGUCAAACGGCGCGAAGAUAACUCUCUGGGUAUGACCCGCGUUGAGGUUUCGUGUCGACUGUGUAAUUCCCAUCUAGGUCACGUGUUUCCUGACGGGCCUCUUCCAACGAAAGAGCGUUUCUGUAUCAACUCAAUGGCUAUCAACUUCCGCAAAGCUCAACCUCCAACAUCUUCAUGUUUAUACACGACUACGUCAAGGCUGACGCCGUCUUCUGCCCGGCAGAGAACGCAAUCGCCAGCCGCGCCCCAAACUGACAACAACAGUACUCCAUCAACUACCACAGCUGCUACUGCUGCUACCACCUCCAUGGCUACCGCUGCGGCUGUUACCCCCGUGAGCUCCAGCGGGAGCAGUGGUAAAGGCACGUUCGCUAGCAACAUUGCAAGUAGCCGCAGCAGCAGCGCAAGCCAUAGCCGCGACUCUUCGGCGCAUCGAAACAGGGACGACUCGUCACAUCAAAGGUCGUCAGUCACACCCCUAGCCAUGUCUACAUGUUGUGGGCCUUUGUCAUUGACUUCAAUGACGAGAUGCUUGAGUGCUACUACGACGACGAAAACGAUGACAAAAUGUCCGCUUAAGACUAGUAGUAUCAUUAGCAGAUCAGCUAAGGAACAGAAUCUAUCUCCUGCAGAGUCGCCGAAGAAAGCAGCUUCAGCUGCAAAUAAGCAGACUGGCAAAAUGCACAGUAAAAAGGCAACGACAACGAAGGUCAAUACGACUGCUUCCACGGAGGGGACUGUUCAUGCUACUUCAAAAGGAAACCCCUCCAGGAAUGUGGAUAAAGCUGCUUCUCUUAAAGUUGAAAUCUCCUCUUGUUGUCGUAGGGCUCUUGAAACUUCCGCAGCUGUUAGUGGUUGUAAAAUGGAGAAGUCCGGCGACAAAUAGGGCCGUUGAUACCCGUAUAUAGUAGCGUAUUUGUUUUUCCUUGUUUUUGUUUACUGCAUUGUACAGGACAGCACGUAGCUUCUCGGAAGAGCUAAAGAAAAUUGACAGAGCGAAUGUAUUUCGUAAAAAAGAAGCGAAAGAUGGGUAAGGCAGUGCGAUGCAUCGGCGGACAAAUAAGCUCUAAAGAGUAAGCCAGAAUAGCUGGAAACUUAUUGUGGUAUAUUGAUUUUUGAGAAGUAAGGUACAAUGAGGCCAGAACACUUGGCCAUCGGCAGUAGCAUAAUUUGUGUUCACAACGUUAAUGUCGUUUGGAAUCAAUAAGCGUACUUCUUAAAAUGCGCAAAUACUAAAUUACUAGGCACGCCUUUGUGAGCUUCUUAAGAUUUUUUUUUGAAAACCAAGACACUGUAAUUUCUGGAUGGACUAAUAGAAAUGAAAAAAUCACUACUGUUUUGCGAAACGCACUUUUGACCAUCAAUUUCCGCAAUAUCUGUAUUAUGUUAUCGUCUUUAUGGUAGAAUAAUAACUGUAAUUUCCAUCUAUGCCGAAAGUAUCACUCAGCUCAAGACCUGUUUAUUUGCUCGGGUUUGUUGCUGUUCUUAUAGUCCGACUUGAUAUUAAUACUAAGAAAAUGGCACAAAAUCGAGAACAGACCUAGAAAAACAUACCGCCAUGUCAGUGAACCGUUUGUUCACUACGUGCGUUUUUGUAGCAGUGAAUAACCCGGGUAUGAAUGAAAACGGGUAGUUCACACUUAUAAUACUAGUCUGCAAGAAAUCUACGCUAAUCCACAAUAAAUUGAGGUAAGGUCUUCCGUUUUAGUGGCCACCUAACCCGAUUCGGAGAUUUAGAGAUGAAUGAAACUUCGUGGAGCUGUCUUCACUAGAGGCGUCUUAUCCCCGUUCCAUAUCCAUACAAAUGUUCAUUUACUGUGUGGCAAAACUUCUACUUCAUGUGGACUUAGUGGAUGAUUCGUAAGUUAAUUUCAAAAUAUUUAUUUUCUACGGGCUUUUUUGGUUGAUUUAAUAUCAGUAAUAUAUAUAUAUAUAUAUAUAUAUAUAUAUUAGACGGCGGGCGGCUACCAGCAAGCGCUGUUGAAAUUGCUACCAUCACGCAGCCUUUUCGAUCUCUAUUUAUUGACGCAAAAUCUAAAAUAGCCGAACGCUAAUAGAUCUGGGCACAUAAGCAGGAAGUUCCCGUACGUUAUGAGCUGGUUGCGUUCUGAUUUGCCUGGUCGCCCACGUAUUGAUGGCGCCGAGCGAUGUAUGCGGUCUUGGUACAAGAAGUCCAAAAGACCUCAAGAGACACGUUGCAUGACAAUAUAAUACCUAAUAUACGGUAAAAGAACAAGAAAAGUGCAGGAAGCAGUGACGUGCGAAUCUCCAACGGGUGACAGGUCAUUGUGAAUACAAGUGGUUCAGGAGAAAGAAAAAAGAGCAGGUUUUCAGCGUCGGUUUAUUCCUUUAUUUAAUACAAUGGUCGAAUGAGUGACAAAUUAGUUAAUAAGGAGUCCUUAAUGUUAUUCGAUGUGAAGAGACAUUUGUGGAGCUUUUAUACGAGCCUUAUAUAUACACCAUAUACAUAUAUCUAUACCAACCUUCGUAUAUAUUGCUCUGUUAAAGGGGAGAUGAUCCGGUCUCUCGCUGAUCAUAGCUUUCUCGACCAAUCGAUCAUGUCAUCCAUACAUACAAUCGAUGACGGAUAUAUCUCGUUGAAUUAUUACUACCGACAAUCGUCUUCGGCUUGGUAAGAGAGAUAUCCUAAUGAAUAUUAUAUAAUAUAUACUAUAUACUACCAUAUAUAAGUAUACAUAUGAAAGAGACAGAGUUAAAGAAAGAAUUGAUGUGGGUUAUUGUUGCCUACAUUCAACAUAUUGCUUGGCCCAAUCAACCGCCCAAUCCUAAUUUGUAGUAGUCACAAUAAUAGGAAGAACUAGCUACGUACAUACUGUAUAAGAUAUAUAGUAUGAACUUGACUGUACUACAAACGUUCGCUUUUUUGCGAACAAAUCAUCAGUGCGUAACACGACCGCUACAGAAGUUAAACACAGUUACGAAAAUUCGUAGCACUGUGACCUCGUUUUUUGCCAGAUGCAGUCGAUCAGGCAGCAGGCACCUGUUAAUAUGCAUCACAGUGUGAGAUCAUUAAAAGGUAGUGUGGACGAUGAACGAGUGAGUUCAUUAUGAGUAUGUCCGUUGAAUUGGCUUUCACUAGUCCUCAAGUCUGUUGUACAAUGGGACUCCAUUCGCAAAUGAAUCUUUGCUGGACUAUUUUUGCAACUGCAAAAAGAUAUGUUUGGGUUUUUAUCAAAGAACGACGAAGCUAUACACCUAUUUUAACUAAGCGGAGCUUUUUUAUACUCUCGCCGACGAGGUUUUUGGCUGCGUUCCUUGUCAAUGAUGAUGACACAGUAUAUCAAUGAAAUCAGCAGCUGAGCACCUGAGAUAUUUUUUACAACGAAAAUUGUUAUUAUUGUUCUCUACACCACUGUUAUGUUGUGAAUUUUUUUUAGAAAAUAAUUUAUUUAGAUUUUUUCUGUGAGAUAAGUUCUCUCAUUUGUGACGAAAGCACGACGUACGACGGACGAUAAAAAAGUAUUUUACAAUAUCUAAUAUGGAAAAGACUAUUCUAUCAUUAUUACUAAAACAUUAUUUCAAAAUAUUUAUGUUAUAACCAUUUUUUAUCGAACGUUACCGUUAAGUUCAUCCUUUAGCGCAAACUGUUAAAUCGAAUUGAUAUUGAUUUUGUUUAUUCCUAUUAAUUUAUAACAUGUGCAAUGAUAUAUUAUCUACGAUGCUGUUAAAAUAACUUUUUUUGCUACACAUAUAUGUACUAGACAUUAACGGGAGAGUGAUUAUUCUUUUUUACUAAUUAAAUUGUGUGAAUUGUUUGACUCUAUGCGGACUAAUAUAGUGGAGUGUUACCUCGAUUUUUAAUAUGAAGAAAUUUUGACAGGCUCCUAUGGAUAGGAUUCAUUGAGUUCAUUGAUUUCUGAACUGUUGAUUGCGAAAUCGACAUUGUUGUACCGUAUGUAUUAUCUUUGCCGUACUUAGUGCAAGGCCUAGACAACACGACAAACAGCAACAGUUAAGACGACCGAAUUGCGAUUCGAAAAAAACUGAAGCUAUUACUGUGGCGCUUUGGAACCGAAAUAUAUAAACGCCUCUUCCGUAAUCGCUAAACCUUAAUAAAAUAAAUGAAUGUAUAAAAUAAUGCAUGAAGCAGCGAAUCAUAUGUACAAUAAAAGAACAUGCAAAAUAAAAAAAAAAGUUAAAAAGUAACAAACACACUGGUUUUCUGUUGCGUUGCACGUCUAUUUGUCUAUUUGUUUAGCUCAGAUCCACCUGUAUUACAAUAUUCAUGAAUUGCUGACUUUGA